UGAGCCCCGUAAUAGCCGAAAACCAUGGGAGCCGGAUAUUCAAACGUCAGGAAAAGGGAAGGAUAACACGAAGACCAGCAGACAGACAUAAACGUCUUGGUCUUUUUAAUAUUUACUACAUAGGCAAUUCAUUUCUCUUUCUCUCUCACCGUUGCAUAUUGUUAGUUAAAUGCGUAUGUUAUUGGGUAUUCAAGGAAGUGUCUUGUUCUUCCUAGGCUUCUGCUACUGCACAGCUGUGAACACCAACCAAAGCGGAGCAAAGACGAGGUAGAAGUUGCAUUGGAGCCAUUGGCUUGUGUAAAAACCGGGUGAUGACUUGUUUAUAUUCAUUUUUCAGAAAGAGGGAAGCUUCCCCGCCAAGAAUAAGGACAGAAGUUGAUGAUGUGGUUUCAAGCAUUCAGAAUACGACCUUGUACACUUACAGAGAAUUGCGAAUGGCAACCGACAAUUUUAGUCCAGCCAAUAAAAUUGGAGAGGGAGGCUUUGGUUGUGUAUAUAAGGGAAGGCUCAAAGAUGGUAUUGUGGCUGCCAUAAAGGUACUAUCAGCUGACUCGAGGCAAGGAAUGCGGGAAUUCUUGGCUGAAAUAAAAUUAAUUGCAGAUGUAGAGCAUGAUAACCUGGUUAAGUUGUAUGGUUGUUGUGUUGAAGAAAACCACAGAAUUUUGGUCUAUGGCUAUCUUGAGAAUAACAGCCUUGCACAAACGCUUCUCGGUGGAAAACAUAGCAGCAUCCAGUUCAGUUGGCCUGCAAGGUGUAAAAUAUGCAAAGGUGUAGCACAGGGGCUUGCAUUUCUUCAUGAAGAAGUCCAGCCACAUAUUGUUCAUAGAGACAUCAAAGCUAGCAAUAUCCUCCUUGAUAGAGACCUCAUGCCCAAAAUUUCAGAUUUUGGUCUUGCAAAGCUUUUCCCGGCUAACAUGACCCAUAUAAGUACACAUGUUGCUGGAACUGCAGGUUAUUCGGCACCUGAAUAUGCUAUUCGAGGUCAGUUGACAAGAAAAGCAGAUAUAUACAGUUUUGGUGUUCUGCUCCUGGAGAUUGCUUGUGGGAGGUCCAACACAAACAGGCGGUUACCCCCACAAGAGCAAUAUCUUCUUCAAAGGGUAUGGGAAAUGCAUGUGAAAGGGGAACUGGUGAGUCUGGUAGACACAUCAUUGAAUGGGGACUUUGAUACAGAAGAGGCCUGCAGAUACAUGAAGAUUGGUCUUCUUUGCACACAAGACAAGCCAAAACUCAGGCCAACUAUGUCUACUGUGGUGAGGAUGCUAAAGGGUGAGAUAGAUUUGAAAGACGAUAAUAUAUCGAGUCCCGGACUGCUUUCUGAGCUCAUGGGCAUCAAAAGUGACAAAGGCCACAAAGAUAAAGCUAAGAUGAAGAAGUCGUCUAACACAGAAUAUGCUGGUUUAAGCAGGCUGGCUAAUAUGCAGAACUCAUCUUAUACAGAAUCUGCUGGUUCAAGCAAGCUUGAAAAUUCAUCUUCAUCAUCUGCAAUGGCCACCUCAUAUGCUGCCAUGACCUUCAAUUCCAUAUAUGAUAGAAGCAAUUGACUCGCGGCAUUUUCAAGCUUUUUUUCUCCCCUCUAUUCAUCCUUUUUUUUCACAAUUUUUUUAGCAAAUAGCAUUGUAUAUUUUGUUUUGAAGUAACCUUUUUUUUACUUA